UCAUCAACUUUGAAAAAUAGAAAAACCUCUCAUUUUGGACAACGGGUUCUCUCUUUCUUCUCUUCUUCUUGUUUCUCGUACAUAGAAAAACUUCAACUGUUUUUGCAACCGAAAAAAUUAAGGUUUGCCAAUAUUGUUAACCUAUAGAGGCUUGUUGCUUAGUUCCUAGGUUUGUUGCUUAAGUUAAGCAAUGGUCCGAUCCUUUGGACGCCAGAACAGCAUACAGAAGUCUAAGUCUUUCAAUAUUAAAAGGAUGUUUGAGAUUCCAGGGCGACAGAUUCAGAGCUUGAUCUUUGAGAAUGGCCAUGAAGGUGGAGGGUCUACCGACGACAAGGUGCUGUCCAAAAGUUAUGACAGCAGGUAUAUAGGAAGCCCCUUGGACCGCCAGUAUAUAGGGUCGGCGCUUUCUCGUGACACGGCCCCUGUUUCACGCUUGGAUGGAGUUGGAGCCAGGAUAGGAAGUCCACUAGGCAAGCCACUCUCAGAUAUGGAAUUGAUGAAGGAAAGGUUUUCCAAGCUGCUUCUUGGUGAAGAUAUGUCGGGUGGUGGAAAGGGUGUUUCUUCGGCAUUGGCUUUGUCAAAUGCCAUCACAAACCUUUCCGCAUCUGUUUUUGGAGAACAAUCGAAGCUGGAGCCCAUGUCUUCAGAUAGGAAAGCACGGUGGAGAAAAGAAAUCGAAUGGUUUUUAUCUGUGACUGAUCACAUUGUUGAAUUUGUUCCUUCACAACAGAAAUCCAAAGAUGGAACAAAUAUGGAGAUAAUGGUGACUCGGCAAAGAAGUGAUCUGCUCAUGAAUAUUCCCGCUCUCCGCAAGCUUGAUGCUAUGCUCAUUGCCUACCUGGAUAACUUUGGAAACCAAAAUGAGUUCUGGUAUGUUUCCCAAGAUGCCGAUGAGUCUGAGAAAGGUAACACCCCGACCAGAAAUGGCGACAAAUGGUGGUUACCUGCUGCUAAAGUUCCACCAAAUGGGCUGUCGGAUGUCUCUCGAAAAUGGCUGCUCUUUCAGAAAGAUUCUGUGAACCAAGUAUUAAAAGCAGCCAUGGCAAUAAAUGCUCAAGUACUAUCAGAGAUGGAGAUCCCUGAAAGCUACAUUGAAUCUCUACCAAAGAAUGGUAGAGCAAGCCUUGGCGAUUCAAUAUACAAGUGCAUUACAGUAGAGUACUUUGAUCCGGAGCAAUUCCUCUCAACCAUGGACAUGUCCACAGAGCAUAGAGUGCUUGACCUUAAGAACAGGAUCGAGGCCUCGAUUGUGAUCUGGAAGAGGAAGAUGCACAACAAGGAUGGAAAAUCUUCCUGGGGUUCAGGUGUUAGCUUGGAGAAGAGAGAACUGUUUGAAGAAAGAGCAGAAACAAUCUUGCUCCUUCUAAAGCAGAGGUUUCCAGGAAUUCCACAAUCUGCUCUUGACAUAUCUAAGAUCCAAUUCAAUAAGGAUAUAGGACAGGCUAUUCUAGAGAGCUAUUCAAGGAUAAUAGAAAGCUUGGCUUUCAAUGUGAUGUCAAGAAUUGAGGAUGUCCUUUAUGUUGAUUCACUCACUAAAAUCCCCUCACUAGUAGCACAACCCAACAGGAACCGUCCAUUAAUGGAUUCUUCACCAUCGAAUAGUGGUGAAGAAGUAGACCAGUACUGGGGUUCUGCUGAGACACCAAGUUCGAAGACACUGUCGGAUUUCAUGGGUUGGAAUUUGGAUCAGGCCGGAGCAGCUGACAUGAAGAAGAUCCAUAACACGACAGGCGAGAUGGACAACUACUUGAUCAAAGAAGAAAAUGAUUCGUUUAAGAGCAAAAUAGUGAACAUUGUGACCACGAAGAAAAUGUCCUAUUUAGAGAGGCUUGAGAACCUGAGUGGCCUAAGAAGUCCAACGGCUCGCCAUUAGUGCAUGCAGUAGCAUUAAUAGGAUCGAGAAAAGCACAAAGAGAGAGAGAGAGAGAGGAUCCAGCAGACAAACAUGGAGAAAGAUAGUAAAACUAGUCAAAUGUAAAUAUAUUCAGACAGACCCAUGUUGUUGGCAUGUAGGAUUCUGUUGAUGAUGAGCUAGUAAUUCUUGUACUGUGCUUCCUUCCUACGGUGGAAAGGGAAGUCCGCUUAUGCAUUUGGAAUUUGCUUUCUUCCUUUCUUGGCAUUGUAGCCUAUGUACUUCCUUAUUUACCUACGACUCUUCUCUCUUUUGCUGUC